AUUAAACACAAAUAACAUUAAAACAAAAUGCUGCUCAAAAUUUGUCUUUUGGCCUUUUUGGCCACACAAGCGACAGCAGAAUCAGCGGAUCCUCUGGCCACUUCCGCCAGCGAGAGCCAGUUGAAGCUGGUCGAGGAAAGCCCCGGCGCUCCGGCCAUUCCCUUCGAGACCUCCCACAAGAAUCCGGAUGCGGCGGACGACCGCGAGGAGGGCUUCCACACGGCCCACCGGAUCAGCAUACGGGCCACGGACCCGGCCGACUACUCGAUGAACCUCCUGCCCACCAAGGAGCGUCCCGAGCUGAAUCCGGUGCUCAGCGCCCUGAUCAACGAGGACGUGAUGAAGAGCAUCGAGGCCAAGCGUGCCAUCGAGGAGGAGGAGUUGGCGGAGGUGCGUCGCGAAGUGGAGGCGGCCGCCCAGGCUGAGCUGGCUCAGAAGCGUGCCGUCACCGAUUCUCCCAUAUCCCCACUGACGACCCUGCCGACGGCUUCCAAGAAGAUCGACAGCCUGGACGACGACGUGGUGGUGGAUCCGCAUGAGGAGUUUGUCAACCAGAACUUUGCCCUGGAGGGAGCCGGCAGCGAGAACAACAAGAAGUCCCGCAUUGAGAUCAAGAAAGGACCUAACGGCCAGGACUACGAGUACGAGUACGUCUACUACUACGAGGAGGAUGAUGAGCCGGCCAAGGCCGAGGCAGCUCCUGCCGAGCCCGAGACCCGCGGAAAGACCCGGUACACGAACAUCGAGCGCAGCACCACGGCCACGCCCAGCGAGAACAGCCUCCAGAGCGGCAAGGCCAAGGGUCGGUCCUCGGAGACCCCGGAGGACAUCGAGGCCGAGCGCCUGCCCAUGAUCACCCGCUUCCCCAGCCGCGGCAAGAACGUAGACGUGCCCCCCACUCCGGCCCUGGACUCCCUGGAGAACGCCGCCGAGCGCAAGAAGAUCAGCGUGAAGCGCCCCAGCCUGGAGCUGGUCGACAGCGAGACUUUCAAUACGGACGAGAAGCAGCCCAAGGGAACCCGGAACGCCGACAACGAACUGAAGCCAGUGAUUGCCAUCGAGAAGGAGCAGGCGGCAGCGGCCGAGGCCGCCCGCAAGAAGCAGGACCAGGAGAAGUCGGCUGAAAGCCCUGCCGCACCCGAGGAGGAGGCCGAGCAGACCACGCCCUCCAUGGAGAAGGCCGCCCUCGACUUGUACGCCAUCCUCACCAACGAGAACCUCAACAACGAGGAGACCACCGCUAUCGCCGACGUGGAGGGAGUCACCACUCUGUCUCCCGACACCGCCAGCACUGACGAGGAUGAGAACCUCACCACCCUGAUUGAUGAGAUCUCCUCCAGCAGCACUACCACCACCACGACCACAACCACCACCACCACAACCACCACAGAGGCGCCGACCACCACCACCACGACCACAACCACAGCAGCGCCCUCUCUGUUCGGCGGACGAAGGGCCGGAAUCAACGGUCUGGCGGGACGCAACCGCUUCAAGCUGAGGGAAGGAGGAGCCGCCAGCACCACCACCAGCACCACCGAGGCACCAGCCAGUGAACCCACCAAAACAGGACGCAACCGCUUCUCUCGUCCGUCCAUUGGAGGACGCUCUCGUCUGGGCGCUCGUACCACCGCCAGCCCUGAAGCCGCUCCCGCUGCCGCUGAGGAGGAGGUGGUGGCCCCCAAGGAAGUGAAGCCAGUCAGCUCAGGAUUUGCGCGUGGCAGACCACGUAACCGCUUCAACCUGCGCGGCUCCACCACCAGCACCACCGAGCGCCCCAGCGAGGAGGGAGCCCCCGCCGCCGAGGGUGAGGACUCCGCCGCCGGCGCCGCACCAUCCACCACCGCCCGCAGCACCCUGCGCAACCGUCCUGGACUGGCCCUGCGCGGACGCAGCCGCACCACCACCACCAAGGCGCCCGCCAGCGAGGGAGCCGAGGAGGGCAGCCCCGCCGCCGCCGGCAACUCCGAGGAAGGCAAGGCCGCUCCCGCUGCCGCCGAGCCCGUGCGCCCAUCCCGCUUCAACCUGCAUCGCGCCGGUGGCAACAGGCUGCUGCCACGCGGCAAGCUGGGACGCGCCGGAGUGAGCACUGAGGCGCCCAAGGAGGCGGCCACCCCGGAGGACUCCGCCGCCGACAGCACCAGCCACCACAACGACGUCAAGGAGGAAGAGGGCGGCGAGUCCGGCGACAAGGCCGCCGCCGAGGGUGCGGAGGCUGCUGCCGCCCCGUCCGGCCCCGUCUCCGGCCUGAACCGCCUGAAGACCCGGCCACGCCUCAAUGCCCUGCACAAGACUGAUGCGGCCAAGCCGAAGGCAGCCGCAGCCCCCGCCCCCGCCCCGGCGCCUAGGAAGAUCAACCCUCUGCUGGCCAAGCGACGCCUGCACCUGGCCGGCGCUACCUCGACGACAGAAGCUCCCGCCGAGGAGGAGCACUCCGGAAGCGACAACUCCGGAGAGCAGCCCGCCAAGGAGGAGGCGGCCGCCAGCGACGAGUCCGCCGCCGGAGAGGCAGCCGGAAAGCAGGAGCAGGACACCACGGAGGCGGCAGAGAGCACCACCAAGCAGCAGGCCCGCGGUCUGGGGCUUCUUGGACAGCGUCGUCGCCUGCCGCUCCGCAAGCCCGGCACAAUCCUGUAAAGCGGUCACAGGACGCGCACACACACACACUCAAACACACUCACCGCCAUCCGCCCCAACUGAAUCCUGAAUAGAAUACUCCUCACGAUUCGCUGCGGCAGCAAAACUCCUAAUAUAUAAUUUCUUUCCGGAUGGCCCCACAAGCGAUAAUGUUUUGAUAUAAAUUACGUAUGUCCUUAAGUUUCCUCCUUCCUCCUGAAUGAAUACUUCUUCUCCGCCGCCCGCCGUCCGCCAACCGCCACAGCCGUUAGCUUUUUAACAAAUAACACUAAUUAAAGUAACUGUUAGUGCGGAUAUACUAUAUACUAAAAAUAUAUAUAUGUAAGCUAUCCCCCCAUCAGCCAGGAGAUAAUAAGAAAGUCACCAAAAUAGGAAACUCAAACUGAAACUGAAACGGAAACGGAAGCGGAAAUGGAGCGGAGGAGAUCCAAGCCACUCGUAGAUCACUAAGCACUUAAGACCCAGCUAUAUAUAUAUAUAUACUCUAUAUAAAUAUGUAUAUUCAGAGAUUCACAUCUCCUGGUAUAUACAUAUGUGUAUCCUUGCCUCUAUAUACCUGUUCCCCGAUUUCUGAAUGGCGCUUUGAAGCGCUGCCGUGUAUAGCAGAUACAUUUAUUAUUAUAUUUUUUUUCUGAGAUACAAUUAUAAACAACAAACACAAAAACGACAAAAAAAGAUAAAACAAAAA